AUGGCGACGCUGUCCACCCCAAGGCGCCAGAUCCCCGGCUCCUACUUUGCUACGCCCGGCCCGGCAGCCUCGUCCCGGCUCGAUGGCGGUCGGUCGCUGUUUGACCCUGCACCAGCAGCUCUCUCGGCCUCGUCUGGCGUUGGCAGCGCAACCACAUCCUCGGCCCAGCUGCAGCAGCAGCGGCAGCAGCAGCAGCAGCAGCUACAACAACAGCAACUCUCCCAGCGGCCAGGCGGCAGCGCACAACAGGCAGACUCCGUCAUGGCCCUGCCCGCACCGGCUGUGCUGACACCCGUCCAAAAGGCAGCCGGCUCCGUCAACCGGGUGCUUCAGCUCGAGGAGAGCUACCCAGACCUCGACUCCUACUGCCGACCCGGCGCUUCGUCCGAGUACGACAUCCACGGCGCCGAGUCGGCAUGGGCUCCUUUCCACAAAGUGCAGACCUACCCCAUCCCGGACCAAAUCUUUGAGCGGUACAACGUGUCACAGCUGGUCACGUCCAUGGGCCUCUUCACCGAGAUCAACCACGCCUACGCUUGUAUCGACAGCAGCCUGUUUCUCUGGGACUACACGCAGCCGAACCCCGAGCUGAUCGGCUUCGAGGACCAGCCGCACGCCAUCACCGCCAUCGGCCUCGUCCCGCCCAAGCCCGGCGUGUUUGUCAAGAACAUCAGCCACGUCCUGGUGGUCGCCACCGAGGUCGACAUCAUCCUGCUGGGCGUCGAGGCCACGCCCACGCCCACCGGCUCCAAGCAGAUUUCGCUGUACCAGACCAAGAUGUCCAUCCACCGCGGCGGCGGCAACGUGUCGUUUAUUGUCGGCACGGCCGCGGGCCGCAUCUUCCUGGGCGGCCGCAGCGACACGGACGUGCACGAGAUCUUUUACCAGCAGGAGGAGAAGUGGUUCUCGAACCGCGUCGGCAAGACCAACCACAGCCACCCGGGCUGGUCGUCCGUCGUGCCUGCGUUCCCCGCGGGCCUCGACUUCUGGACGCAGAAGAACAGCGAGAGCCUCGUGCAGAUGGUCGCCGACAACUCGCGCAACCUGCUCUACACGCUGUCCAACAAGUCGACCAUCCGCACGUACCACAUCGAGAGCCCCGACCGCCUCACCAAGGUCAUCGAGAAGCACAAGAACGACUGCCUGCGCGACAUCACGCACAUGAUCAACACGUCGCCGCUGCUGACCGACCGCAUGAGCAUCGUCGGCAUCAGCCCCAUUGCCAUGCAGGAGGCGUCCAAGCUGCACCUGGUGGCCGUCACAAGCACGGGCUGCCGCCUGUUUCUGAGCGCCACCAGCUCGGCGUCCUACACCAUGAACUCGUCCAACACGGCACCGCAGUCCAUGCAGGUGCAGUUUGUCAAGUUCCCGCCCAAGGAGGCCGGCGCCGCGGCCCCCGUGGCCCUGGCGGCGGCGAACGGGUUCGCGCGGUCCGCGGCCAGCGACCCGGCCAUGGUCGACCUGCAGUCGCGCUCGCUCGAUCCGACGACCAAGGGCGCCCGCUUCGCGCCCGGCUUCUGCUUUGAUUUUGUCGUGCGCAACCAGGAGCUGCGCCUCUUUUUGUCGGCCCCCGAGACGGGCAAGAUCAAGGUGACCACGCCGGCGUCGGCCCUCAAGUACUACGAACACGGCAACUGGAUCAGUCUGGGCCGCGCCAAGGACGCGCUCGACGUGGGCCUCGUCACGCAGCCCUUUGCGGCCGCCCAGCAGCCGCUCGGCUUCGGCAACGAGCUGGCCGUGCAGUUCGACGCGCCGCCCAGCGAGUUUGCCAUCCUCACCAACGACGGGGUGCACGUGGUGCGCCGCCGGCGCCUGGUGGACAUUUUUGCGACGGCCGUGCGGACACUCGGUAGCGACGACCUGUUCGACAAGGAGAUUCGCAAGUUCAUCCACCUCUACGGCCGCGUGGAGACGGUGGCGACGGCGCUCGCCGUCGCGUGCGGGCAGGGCAGCGACCUGCGCGCGGGCACGAGCCGCGCGACGGACCAGACCACCGAGGACCGCGCCAAGACGGCCUUUGUCAACUACGGCGGCCAGCCGACCGUGGCCGAGACCGACAGCAGCGCCAUCACGAUCGACUCGGUGCGCCUGUCGUCACGCCACGACGCGCUGGCCCUGUACCUGACGCGCCUGGUGCGCACGCUGUGGGCCGCCCGGGUCGUGACGGUCAACCACUCGGCGGCGGGCGUCGUGGUCGGGUCGACGGUGCCGACGAGCAAGCUGACGGCCGUGCAGGAGAACCUGGAGCGGCUGCGGACGUUCUUGAAGGCCAACGCCGGCAGCAUCCAGGGCCUGUCGGGCCCGACGGACGUGCGGCGCCGGGCCACGCGGCACGAGGAGAUUGCGCUGCAGGCCGAGCACCAGGCGCUGCACGCGCUGCAGAAGCUGAUGGAGAGCAUCUCCGAGGGCAUCUCGUUUGUGCUGAUGCUGUUUGACGAGCGCGUCGCCGACAUCUACGUGCGCCUCGACGACGGCACGCGCGACCAGCUGCGGCAGCUGACGUACGAGAGCCUGUUUGCGCGGCCGGCCGGCAAGGACCUGGCCAAGCUGCUGGUCAAGGCCAUUGUCAACCGCAACAUCGAGAGCGGGUCCAACGUCGAGACCGUGGCCGACGCGCUGCGGCGGCGCUGCGGCAGCUUCUGCAGCCCGGACGACGUGGUCAUCUUCAAGGCGCAGGAGCAGCUGCAGCGCGCGUCCGAGCAGAUCAAGUCGCCGCAGGCGGCGCGCGGCCUGCUCAGCGAGAGCCUGCACCUGUUUGAGCGCGUGGCCGGCAGCCUGACGUACGCCAACCUGACGGGCGCGGUCGCGCAGUACGUGCAGCUCAAGUACUACGCGGGCGCGAUCCAGCUGUGCCUGAUGGUGGCGCACGAAAAGGACCGCGGCAACGCGGCGCUGGCGUGGCUCAACGACGGCAAGCCGGACGCGGACCCGCGGCGCGCGCCGUGGCAGGAGCGCAAGCGGUGCUACGACCUGGUGCACACGGUGCUGCGGCAGCUCGACACGGACUCGGCGGCGGAGCCGGAGCAGAUUGACGGGCGGCCGACGCUGGCGUUCACGAAGCGCACCGAGGCGUACAACGUGGUCAACGACGCGGCCGACGAGGUGUUCCACUUUGACCUGUACGAGUGGUACAUUGAAGAGAACCUGACGGACCGGCUGCUGGCCAUCGACUCGCCGCACGUCGUCACCUUCCUGCAGCGGCUGGCGGCGACGGACGUGCACCACGCCGACCUGCUGUGCCGCUUCUACACGCACCGCAGCCGGUUCUUUGACGCGGCGCAGGUGCAGUUCAACCUGGCCGGGUCGGCGUUUGCCAUUGGCAUCAAGGACCGCAUCACGCUGCUGAGCCGCGCCAAGGCCAACGCCAGCGUGUCGUCGGCGGGCGUCAGCGGGCAGCGGCAGCAGCAGCUCAACCACGAGGUCACGGAGCUGCUCGACAUUGCGCACAUCCAGGACGACCUGCUGGAGCGGCUGCUGGCCGACGGGCGCAUCCCCGACGAGCGCAAGGUGGAGAUUGCGGCGGACCUCGACGGCGGCGUGCUGGGCCUCUCGGAGCUCUUCAACGGCUACGCCGACCAGGCCGGCUACUACGACCUGUGCCUGCUCAUCUACAACGCGGCCGACUACCACAACCCGCGCGUGAUUGCGGACACGUGGAAGCAGCUCAUCAACAGCACGCACGAGGAGAUUGAGGCGCGGCUGGCGGCGUACGAGGAGGCCGUGCGCACCAAGACGAACGCAGCCGUGGCGGCCCUGGGCCCGCCGCCGCUGCCGUACGAGGCGGUCUCGGUGCAGAUCCAGACGAUUGCGCACCGCACGUCGCUGGACGCGCUCAUCUUCCCCGUCGAGACGCUGCUGGGCACGCUCUGCGAGUACGCGCUGACGCGCCAGCAGGACGCCUCCAUUGGCGCCGACCCGGCGUGGCCGGUCCUGCUGUUUUUGCAGCUGCGCGUGUCCCACGCCAUGGUCGUGCACGUCCUGGAGCGGCUGCUGGACGCGCAGGAGGUGCCCUUUACGGGCCGGCGGCGGCGCGUCGUCGUCGCGUGGAUCGACACGGCCGUGGCGCUGUGGUGCCACGACGUCGAGGUGACGGGCCAGGGCCAGGUGGGGGCCGGCGACGCGCUGGGGAGCGGUGGCGGCGGCACGUCGUUCGGGUCCGGGUCUGGGUCGCAGCUGGGGCCGUGGGUGGCCGACCUGAUGGCGCGGGCCGAGCGGGCCAUGACGGACCUGCUGGCGUCGGCGCGGGACGCGCGGGCCAAGGAGGAGCUGGAGCAGACGCUGCACGAGACGCGGCAGCUGCGGGCGCGCGUGGACAGCAAUGUGCGGCCGGCGCGGUCGACGAUGCGGUUCCGGUGA